UCGUCAUUGAUUCGUCAUGCAUUCUGUUUUACAUUAUUGUAAAUAACAUUUCUUUAUAUUCAGUUUUCCAAUAUGUUAAGCAAAAUGAAUAAGGAUCUAAAUUUGUUUACAUUACUGUAAAACAGACAUGAAAACAACCCGUUUUUUUAUUUAUUUAUUUUUAUCAAGGGUCUAUUUCUACUUGCAAAUUGCUUUUAUUGGUGCAACCACAGGUUAAUUUAGUCAAAUUACAUAGCUAAAAAAAUCCAGAAAACCAGCUAAUGUAGAAAAAACACUUUUAAAACGAAGAAUAAAUUAACCGUCCAGUAAUUGAUUCAUUCUAUUGAAUGACCCAGAGAAGCGAUCAUGUGUCAGAAGUGAAAGUGAAAGAAGGAAUACUGCAGUUUUGGGCCUUAAAAACGCUGACGCACCUUUGUGUAAAGCCGACACGAGUAAACGUUUAAAAGCGGUGUUUAGAAACAGCUUUACUCCGGACUGAUUGUUAGAGCAAUAACUUUACAUAUCAUACAGUGUGCAGGUGAAAGAUGCUAAACACAUCGACAAAGACACCGACAGGAGGAUUCUCUUUUGAGAACACACGCAGAAAUGCUGUUCUUGAAGCAAACUUAUCAGAGAAGGGGUACAGUGCGCCAAACGCCAGGAAGACCGGCACCACCAUCGCUGGCCUGAUAUUCAAAGAUGGAGUGAUUUUAGGUGCAGACACCAGAGCCACAGAUGAUAUGGUCGUAGCUGAUAAGAACUGCAUGAAAAUCCACUACAUAGCACCCAAAAUCUAUUGUUGUGGUGCAGGUGUUGCGGCAGAUGCUGAGGUCACUACUCAGAUGAUGUCAUCAAACGUGGAACUGCACUCACUCAGCACAGGACGACCUCCUCUUGUGGCUAUGGUGACCCGACAGCUCAAACAGAUGCUGUUUAGGUAUCAGGGGCACAUUGGUUCUUCUCUAAUUGUUGGAGGUGUGGAUGUUAACGGCCCACAGCUCUAUAGUGUCUAUCCUCAUGGUUCCUAUGAUAAGCUUCCUUUCCUGACAAUGGGGUCUGGAGCAGCUUCUGCCGUUUCUGUAUUUGAGGAUCGUUACAAGCCAAACAUGGAGCUGGAGGAAGCAAAGCAGCUGGUGAGGGAUGCCAUCACUGCAGGCAUCUUCUGUGAUCUGGGUUCUGGCAGUAAUGUAGACCUGUGUGUGAUCACAGAGAAAACUGUGGAUUAUCUAAGAGGAUAUGACCAGCCUGUUCAGAAAGGAUUGAGGGAGGGUACAUACAGAUACAAGCCAGGCACUACUUCUUUGCUCACAAAAACAGUGACUCCAUUAACACUGGAUGUUGUGGAUGAAUCUGUCCAAGUGAUGGACACAGAAUGAGACAUGAAGAACAUUUGUACACUCUUUGCUUCAGUCAUUGGAAAAUAUGAUGGAUGUGUGUAGUUUAAAAUUUUAUAUUAAGGAAAGAAAAGAGAUAUUUCCCUUUUUGGUUAAAAAUGUUUUGGUACCUUUCCCCUGUAUUCAAUCAUUUGCAUUUGAUCUGCUCAAAACAGUUUUGCAAAAAGAGAGAUUUGUGUAGUUUUGUAGUUCAUUUAAUAAAAUGAAGGGGAAAAAAAGUGUGUCAUUUUUGUUAUGUCAGAGCGACAUUUUUUAAACUUAGCUAUUAUUAAUUUGUGUGAAGUGUGACGUGACAUACAGCCAAGUAUGGUGACCCAUACUCA